AUGCCAUCUGCCAGCGUAAAUCUGGUAUCUCUUCCUGUCGAACUGCUGGAGCCAAUCACGCUCUAUUUAGAGUACGCAUAUGAGAUCAGUUCCCUCUCACAAACAUGUCGACGACUCCAUAGCGUCGCCAAUUACCAUCUUUUCAACUCUUUUGCCGAAGAUUGUUCGCCAGUUGGAAUUGAGCGCGUUGUGAAGAAUAACAACGUAGACGCACUACGAAAGCUCUUGGACAAUGGACUCCGGUUCGAAGAAUACUGGCGCGUAACCUCAGAGCCAACACCGCUCUACAUGACUAUUGAAGAGGACCUCGCAGGUGUUGCUGAGCUGCUGGUGGCCUAUAGUGAAGCCUUCGUAAACGGCUCCAAGGCAAUUAUAGGCACUUCAGGCUGUUUUCAACCCUCCAUGCCGGGCAUUCAGCACUACCUAACUGGGCUUAAGAAGACACUUCACCGCGCCGCACUCAAAGGAAGCUUAGGUGUUAUAAAAGCAGUCGCAUCUUGUAACACAAUAAAGGGGGAAAGGCUCGAUUCUGCUGUGUUUGGCGCGAUUCGGGAGGGCCAUCUAGCCUUGGUUAGGUACUUUCUCGAGGAGCACGAAGAGGACAAUGAGGAAGGUCCGAGGGCAUCUUUCAAGUUAUCAGGGUACCUCAGGUGUGCUGCAGGUGAAGGAAACAUGGAGAUACUAAAGUAUCUCGUGAAGGCUGGUGCUGAUCUUAAUGAUCUGUCAUUCCGGCGGGCUGCAAAUUCCCCUCUUGUCUUGGCUGCGCUCGAGAACCAGGGCGCGGUAGUACAUUAUUUGACGGAAAUCGGAAUGCGGUUCCCCUGUUUAACAGUUUCUGACAUAUUUAGUUUGUCGCACGAUCUCACAAAACCAAAGAGCAAGCUGACAAACGUUGUCCAGCCGGGUGAGCUAAGGAAAAUUGCUGCUGAUCCGCAGUAUGAUAGCCUUAUGAGCUAUAACAAAGGAAGAUUCUUGGAGGUAGUUGCCAGUUUCGAUGAUGUACCUCUUUAUAAAGAACUGAUGGGUCUUUCCGAUGAUCGCGAUCAUCUACAGUCAAGUUUUAGUAUCGCUCUUUCUAACGGAAAUUUUGCUUUUGCGCGAUACCUAGUCGACGAAAUGAGGAAGGAGGAAAUCUGGAACCGAUCAUGGUUCCAUCUCAUGUUCGCCACAUUGCGCGAUCGAAGUGUUCCGGGCUUUGAGAUAUUGCUUGAUUGUGGGAACCCAGGCCCACUAGAUCCUGAAGAAAGCUGGUUGAACCCCGUGCUGCGUUGGGCUAGAAAGUGUCCUGAGCUGAUGGAGGUCCUCCUACAACGUGGUUAUCUGGAUAAGAAUAAGAGAAAUGGGUCCCGCGCGAUCAAGGAAAUUCUUGUUGGCGCGUUUAAAGCCGGCGAUCAUGCAUUUGUUUGGCGUCUAAUGGAAUACAGCGAAUUAGGCCUCCUUGAUACACUCGACGAUCCGGAGCUCAAAUACCAUGAUUACACCGUCUUGCGACUUGCAGCCUCAUACGGCUUGCUGGAAACCUUCCGCAAACUUCUGUCUACACGGAACUUAGCUCUGGACCCAAACAAUCCCAUCCAUUGCUCUGCACUGGCCAACACAGCUUUGAAAGCGAACAUCGAUGUCGUCGGGUACUUCCUAGAAAUGGGUUUCGAUAUCAAUGCCUUGUACCCAAGGUCGGCAUCAAGAAAGAACAAGGCGCCUGAGGCUUUGAUAAUCCAAGUUCCCGCAGUGCGGCCGAGCUGCAGAGAUCCUUCCGACUAG